GCAAAGACUUAGCAAAAAAAAUUUAACUCUACCUCUCAAACUCUCAAAAUUCACUCUCAAUUUUUUUUCCCUUCGUUUCAAAUCUAUCGAGGUUCUCUCUCAAUACAAAACCCUUAUCUCAAUCUCUCGACCCUAAUCUCAAAAUCUCCCUACUCUUCAGUUCUCUUCUUUCUCCCUCCUCUUCCUUUCUCUAUGGCCAUUUAAUCCCGACCUUCCACCAGAUCUGCUCGCUGUGCUCCGCCCCAAAUCGACUAAGGUCCUCUCUCCGUGACGGAAUCGUAGGCUCUGCUCUUAUCAAUUAUCAUUUUUUGAAUCAGGGAUUUAGCUCCGCGGCAGUGUUAAUCUGAGAUUGGUGCUGGUCGCUACAUAUUUUUAUGGCUUCUAACGAUGGUAAGCCCUUCUGGAUGAAACACGCAGAAGACGCCCAAAUCAAGGACCAAGGAGUGAAAGAUGCCGCCGCCAAAGCAGCUUUCGAAGCCACAUUCCAAGGCGUCGAUAGUGAUAGCCUCAUUAUUGUUUUCUCGUGUGGUGUUUGAUGGUAAAGGUCAUGUCUUUUAUGUCUGUAACAUGCUUUUCUUCUUCUGCUGCUGGACUCAUUGGCUCUCCAAUCGUCAAUUUUUUUGAACUAAUCAUAGAAAUUCUUCGCUAUUUUCUUUCUUGCAGCAAGAAGAUUUGUCUCAGCCAUAAGAGAAAAGUUGUUUUUGGAGGUGUAGAGCCUGUGAGUCAACCUCCAUGGCGAUCUGAGCAGACAGGAACAUCAACUGCUUUUGCUCUCCCUGGUCCUGAAGGUUCCAAGAGUGUUCAAAAGGGUGUGACAGAGAAUGCUCUUGUUGUUGGUCCAACUCUACAGCCAAAACUCUUUCAGGUGUUGUUAACCUUUGCUGUUUAUUCGAGUAGUGUUUUUGACUCGUGGUUAAUUAUUAUUUUCACAGCUCAUCCAGGUGCACUUGGGUUGGGUUACUGGAGCAUAAAUUGUGCUUUAGCUCUUGAGAAAGAAAGUAUGAGCUGCAAAGAGACAGUAGGUUUAGAUGCUUGAGAAAGUGGUGAUGGAUCAUCGAAGGACUUGGAAGUGCAAAGCCAAGAGAAACAAGAAGCUCCUGAGGCGAGUUCAUGGCGGCCUUGCCUUUAUCAUUGCAGAGACUGAUUCUGCUUCCAGUCCGACAACAUAGCUUGCUUACCAGAGGAGGAGAAGAAGAAGCUCCUGUGUUGCAAUUUUGAUAUCAAAUAAAAUUUUGGUUUUGUUUUUGUUUAGGU